UGCGCAUGCUCGGAAUGGGGGCGGGACUCGGCAGCCGCGUAGAAAGCUCAGGUGUUUGCGACCAUGCUGGCGGUGGUGGUUCCUCCGUGGCCUGCAGCCCGGGCACUUCUCCGGAGCUGUUGGCAGCGACUGCAGUGGAAACUUCAGCAGAGCCGGCCAGGCUUUCCCAGCCCUCCGUGGGAACCAGCAUUAGCGGUCCAAGGUCCGGCUAUAUUUACAGAAUCAGCAAAUGAUACGAAUGGAAGUAAGGAGAUUUCCAGCCUUUUGGAUAGUAUCUUUUGGAUGGCAGCGCCCAAAAAGAGACGCACCAUUGAAGUUAACCGGUGUAGGAGAAGAAACCCUCAGAAGCUUAUUAAAGUUAAGCACAACAUAGACGUUUGUCCUGAAUGUGGUCACCUGAAACAGAAACAUGUCCUUUGUGGCUAUUGCUAUGAGAAUGUGCGCAAGGAGACUGCAGAAAUCAGAAAAGAGAUGGGGAAACAAGAAGGGGGCCCUUUUAAGGCUCCUACCGUAGAGACCCUGGUGCUAUACAGGGGAGAGACACCAUCUGAACAAGAUCAGGGCAAGAGGAUCAUUGAACGAGAAAAGAAGCGACCAUCCUGGUUCACCCAGAAUUGACACCAGAGAUGUUUAAAAAGGGUAACUUAACGUAAAACAUUUCUCCUGGAAAAGAGGAAGUUUUUUUAUUUUUUAUUUUUGUGUCUUAAAAUCAUCAAUACAGCUUAAAACAUUCUUCAUAAGAUGUUUUGUGUGGGUAAUUUGAAGACUACACCGGGAAUAAAAUCAAAAUGUUUGUGCAGAGGCUCUGGAUUUAUGUCUGUUUCUAUUAUAAGGUUUUAAGUAAACAUUAAAUUUUCAAGACAAAAUAAUAAAAUAAUUUACAAUUCAUACCAAGA